UCCCUAGAAUCAGCACUGAACAGCGACCAUUCUCGGGAAAACGGUAGCUUUUCCAAAACCCACGAAUAAUCGAGAUAUAAUAUUGGUUUUGUUUCGCCAGAUUAAUCAGUCUGUCUUUAGGAAUUAUUGCAUUCUUUAAAAUGCGUCUGGAAGAUUCAGUAGAUUUCAGUUCACCAACACGCUGUGCGUGUUUGUCUCACCUUUCACUUGUGCAGCAUCUCUUCGCUAUGGAUAUAGAGGAUGGAAACACACAAAGGAAAAACAAAAAUAUAUACCUUUGAUUCACGAAGAAGGAUGUCUUUUUAAUUUGUUCUCUGCUUUGCAACCUGCCUUCUAUAUAUUAAGAAGGAAAGUAUAACUGCGUGAGCUAAUGUCUUGCCUGUACUACCAAGCGCAUAUUUCCAAAAGGAGCUGCAUCAACAAAAUACUGGGUAUGUCGCUCACUUCGAGGAAAGCUACCCGAACACCCUCCCUGCCGCUCCGUCUGCCUCUUCACCACUGACAUGACAGCGCCCAGCAAAAAAACAAGGAUCAAAGGGCUCAGACCUACAGUCGGACGUGGGAAUUGGAACAGAAGACAAUACGGGCUGCCACCGGGUGUCCGAACUGGGGGAGGCCGUAUCACAUCUGCUAGGGACGAACACCAAGGGCAGUGCGGCACUCCGGCUCAUCAGGGAAGGGCGAAGAGAGGUGUCGGUACACCUUUACCCCCAUUUCGAAAAAUCGCCUCAUCGCCACUGCAGUUCCGAUUUUUUCCUCAAAUAUGUCUUAGUCCAGGCCACAAAUAUUUGACCAUAUAUCACGAUAUAUAUUUCUACAUGAACUAUGGUGUUUAUUUUGCACUCCGGUGAUUUUAUCGACCGCACUGUGAGUGUGGAACAGAAACAGGGGUCUGCGUUUCGACAAUAAUUGAUUAUACAAGGGUCCAAUGAACGUUAGAUAUACUCAAAUUCUUCCGUCGCUGGUCAUACUGACACUCCUUUUAACCAGGGCAAUGGGUUGCAUUCAAAGUAUCGCCUGUAAACCGCGCAUCAGACGGGAAAACAUCGUGGUAUAUGAGGUGUCGGCCUCCAUUGACCAGUGUCCAACAGUGAUUGAGGAGAACUCGCCGAUCGUGUUGCGUUACAAGACGCCGUAUUUCAGAGCGUCGGCCGGAAUCGUCAUGCCGCCGGUUCCGAGAAAUGAGACGUGGACCGUGGGAUGGAUUCAAGCUUGCACCCAGAUGGAAUUCUACAAUACGUACGGCGAUAUUGGCAUGUCCAGCUGGGAACUGCCAGAGCUCCGCGAGGGCCGUGCGAAGGCCAUCAGCGACUCAGACGGCGUCAGCUACCCUUGGUACGGCAACACCACGGAGACGGUGACCAUCUCCGGCCCCACAUCCAAGCCGUCACGGUUGACAGUGAGCAUGAAUGACAACUUUUACCCGAGUGUGACGUGGGCUGUGCCGGUGAGCAACAGCAAUGCACCCAUGCUCACACACAUCACACGUGACCAGAGCUUCAUCACAUGGCUGGUGGCACUCAACAGUGCCACCAAGGAGCGAAUCGUGCUGCAGACGGUGCGCUGGCGUAUGCACGUGGAUAUCGCCGUGGACCCCUCCAUGCCACUGGGUUCUCGUGCCUCCCUGGUGGGCCGACCGCAUCAAGAGCAGCCCCACAUCCUUGCCAACAACGAGCCCAUCCCUCCCAAUGCUCUGGGAAGGCCCAACGCCAACGAUGCCCAGGUGCUGAUGUGGAGGCCACGGCGGGGAGCACCCCUAGUGGUCAUCCCCUCCAAGUAGGCGUGGUCCACAGUGCCUCCAAAGUAAAACACUGAAAGGUGGUGAAAAUUCUUGCUGUACACAGCACCAUUGGACCAUGAGAAAUGUUACCAUGGAGGUAUGGGUCUGCUCUUUCUGGCUGUCAAGAUGUUUUUUGGGUGGGUCCUCCAAGCUGGACUGCUUUGGGCGAGGAAUUCUCUUAGAUCUGGACUUAUCCAAACCACAUGACUGCCUUUAUCCGGUGCUUGAUCAGAACUGCCUUGUGCUAGAUCGUAACUGGAUUUCACUAAAAAAAAGCCACAUACUGCUUGAGAGACACUGUGCAUUUGGUGUCAUAUGACAUGAAAUGGACUAAGUGGUACCAGCCCAUGGUCAUUAUAUCAACCUGGAAAUUCGCUGUUUAGAAAUUUCAGGAGCAGCACAAACCCUUCGAAGCUCCCACAUGAUUUGACCAAGACCAUGCACGAGGCUUUAGCUGCUAGAUGUUAGCUCACAUGUUGGAAGCUGUUCGCUGAAGACAAGCAAAAUGAUACAGGAAGAGCUUGAGCAGUUAGCAAGGCCUGAAUAUUAUGACGCCAUGCGUCUGGUCUGCUGGCUUCAUCCACUCGCACACAUGUUGACAUAUGAGCACUGGUAGGAGUUUGUUUAUCCUUGCCCGUGAGUCCAAACGAGUCCAUGCGCUCGGUGGUCACCACACCAUAGGCAUGUUCAAGAUUAGUCACAUGCCGUACGCACUCCAUCUGUGCUGGUCGGCCACAUGGCCUGUCAAGCUGUCUCACCCUUUCCUCUCCUAUCAAGACUCCAUAGGUUCUCAUUACAUUUCUAAAAAAUAUUCCAUCACUAACGUCUUCUUGAUCCCAGCCUGGCACAGUUUGGCUAAUUCUGAAAUUGUUUAUAAAGACUGAAAUCUUGAUGCAAAUUCAAUGUCAUAAAUAUAGGAAAUCUAGCAAGACAGGUUGGGGAAGAAAAAGGGUGUGGUUAGUUAGCUGCAUGACAUUUUGAUUUAUCUAGGCUAAAAGCUUAACAUUUAAUAAGGAAUCAAAGUGUUC